CAGAGCAUAUAAGAAGGACAGGUAAAGUAUUCUUGAGAGCACACACAGGUGACUUCAAGAUGAAGUGGUUGGUCGUUGUCGUGGCUGUCGGCAUCCUUGUGGCGGAUGUUUAUUGUGCUGAUGAUACAAUUCCCUGGUGUUAUCACAACGCAAGUUGCAAUGAUCUCACAUGGCCUGUUAUCGCUACGGAGUUCUGCAACGGGACCCGCCAGUCGCCAAUCAACAUCGUGACCACGGAUGUCGCAAUGAACGACAGCCUGACAGAUUUCGCCUUCACAAACUUCAACAAUCCUAACAUUCUGACCGAUAUGACCAACACUGGCAAAACCGUCAAAGUGAACUUCGCGUCAGGAGUGCAGAUUUCAGGGGGAGGUCUUCCCGAAGCUUACGACAGCCUGCAGUUCCACUUGCACUGGGGCAACGGCAGCACCGUACCUGGAUCCGAGCACACCGUUAACGGAGUGCAGUUCCCCAUGGAGUUCCACAUUGUCAGUAUCAAGUCCAGCUUCAACGGGAACACAACUCUGGCCGUCAACGACUCCAUAGGAGCUGCUGCGCUUGGCUUCCUCAUUGAGGUUUUGCCGAACACUACUGAUGAACCUGCCAGUUGGAAAACUCUCACCGACUACCUCGAGAACAUCACGUUGGCAGGCCAGACCGUCAACUUGACUGCAGGACUCUCACUGGACGAUUUGCUACCUGGAGUGGAUCGCACUCAAUAUUAUCGAUAUCUCGGCUCGCUUACCACGCCAAACUGUUUUGAAGCCGUGGUAUGGACUGUGUUUAAGGACACUGUUAAAAUCAGCUCAAACUUGAUUGACAAAUUCAGCACAAUGCUGCAUAUCGGCAAUGAAACCUCCUCAGAAAUCAUGGUGAACGUGUUCAGGAGGGUUCAGCCGGCACAGCCCGUCACGACUCGUUCUUCGGGUUCAGACGACGACGAUGAUUCCAGCGACGCUACCAGAACAUGUCUUUCCCUGGGACUGCUGGUUCUCAGCUUGGUACUUGGGUGGAGUUACUAAUUCAUUUACGAUCAGAGAAACCAGUUUGUGAACUUGCCUUCUCCGACAUGUUUUUUUCCACUCUGCGUGUAAGCUAAUCGAUAAUAGGAAUGACACUAAACUGAAUGUCCAAUUACUUUUGUAUGUUUUGAUGAAGGAAGUCCAUAUAAGGUCAAAUGUAAUUCCGGGAUAUAAUUUACAACCGUUUUACUGGUAGCUAGCACUGUUACGUUGAUUGGGAUCAACUUUCCCACGGACUGCACGACUUGCACACGUAGCCGAACUUUUUACUCAAUGUGAAUCUGUGCACCGAUACAGAAAUUUAUGACGGUUAUAAAAAAAAAAAAAAGAAACUUGAUGAGUAAAUUACACGCUUGUUAAUGAAGUCAAAUCACAAUGAAUUACUGCACUUUGUUAUAUUUUGCUAAAUUGAUCAUGACUCCAAUUGUCGAUAAAUAAAUAAUAAAAAAAUGACAGAAAAAUAAUAAAAAAUAUUCCAAAUUUAAAAAA